CUAUAAACCGUUACUCCAAUUAGAUAGCAUUGGAAGCAAGAAAGAAGUAAAGAAUGACUCCUCUCUCUCUUUCUCCGGUUCGAUUAUUGGUGGUUGUGUUGGCAAUUACGGCGUCGUUCUGUAAGAUUGAGGAGGCGGACGGAAGAAGAGACGGAAGAGUAGUAAUUGGUGCUCAGAGAGAGUUCGAUUACUUCAACUUGGCUCUUCAAUGGCCUGGCACUGUCUGUCGCCGUACUCGCUAUUGUUGUUCUUCCAAUGCCUGUUGCCGCGGAUCGAAUUCGCCGACUGAAUUUACAAUCCAUGGACUCUGGCCUGACUACAAUGACGGGACCUGGCCUGCCUGUUGCAAGCGAUCUAAUUUUGAUGAAAAAGAGAUUUCAACAUUGCUUGGUGCUCUAGAGAAGUAUUGGCCAUCUUUAAGUUGUGGUUCAUCAUCAACUUGCUAUAGUGGAAAAGGGUCAUUUUGGGCUCACGAGUGGGAGAAGCAUGGAACUUGUAGUUCUCCUGUAACUGGAGAUGAAUACAGUUACUUUUUAACCACCCUCAAUGUGUACUUUAAAUACAAUGUCACGAAAGUACUGAAUGAAGCUGGAUAUUUUCCUUCUAAUACUGAGAAGUAUCCCCGUGGAGGCAUUGUCUCUGCCAUUCAGAAUGCUUUCCAUACAACCCCUAAGCUUGUUUGUUCUAAAGGUGCUGUGGAGGAACUUCAUUUGUGCUUUUACAAGGAUUUCAAGUUGCGGGAUUGUGCUGCCUCAAAAAGCUCAUGUCCCAAGUACGUUAGCUUGCCAGCUUAUUCAUCCCGGGGUAGGGCUUCAUGGUGACGAUGCUGCAAUUCCAUGCAUCCACCCAUUGGGAUCCUGUCAGGGUCCAUGUGUUGUAAAUUUGUUCCACAAUAAAUUUAUACCCAAAAAUCAUGUACGAAAUUCUUGCAUCAUGAUUAAUUUCUAAUCUACAAAUUGAUCUGAAGUAUGUUCUUUUAA